AUAGCUAUACUAUGGAUAAAGUCAUCCGUAGUUCUCCUACGCUGCGCAUUUUGUCGGAUUCUGGUGCCGGCAUUCCGGAUAGUCGACGCAGUCGCAUACCAGAACGCCUGGAAGUCCUUUCGACCGGCACUCCCCAAUUGCCAGGACAUUUACUGCCGCGCCGGAAAAACCCGUUGACAGACUGCAGUGUCAACUACUUUGAGUGCAAAAAGUUGUUGAUAGGAUAUGUGGAGCGCAUGGUAUUGGAUAAACAAUCAACUGCCUUGGCUAAUCGUGCGCUCGGGGAAAGGAUAGAAUUAGCCUAUAAUAAACUACAAAAUGAUCUUCGCGCUGGAUGAACGUGAAUACGUGCGCAAAAUUGUUUGGUGUUUACGCAAUAAUAAUAUUAUGUUAUGCACAAUAAAGGCCCUGGCGUUGUAUAGACCUUCGGGCGUUCCUGUUAUCACGUAUAAUCAUUUGAUCUACUUUAGUAACUAAUGUUGCAACAUAAGC